AUGCUCAGCAAGCUUAUUCUUGGCUGCUUAGCGCUGCCUUCCUUCUUCGCAUUCGCAAAAACCAAUCUCCAGGGCUGCACCAGCACGACCUCGGUGGAUUCAUUCUCGCGCGCCGUCAACGUGUGGUACGUGCCCGGAACAGGCGAGGUCUGCGAGCUCUUGGACUGCGGUGGCGGCCGCGCCCCGCCCAAGUACAGCGUGCCAGGAUGCGCUGCCUACACGGGCACUGAGACGUAUUCGCCCCGGUUCCUCGCCCUGCCCACACCAUCCUCCGCGUCCUCUACGCCGAAACCUGUUAGCACUGCGAGCGAGGCCGCGUCCGUGCCAACCGACGUGACACCCUCGUCGUCCGUGCCCGCGUCCUCCACUGCCGUCAGCGCGCCCUCAAGCACCAGCUCCCCAGCCGUGACGAGCAUGGCCACCGGGCCAACUGAGGCGGCCUCAGGCACCGCUUCAGUGACAAGCGUUUCGGGCCGAAUCACCACCAGUUCCUUAGCGAUCGCAAACGCAACGAGCAUUGUGGUCGUGUCAAAAUCCGGGUCAGCGACAGGGAGCAUGCCUGCCGUGCAGACCCUGAACGCGGCAUCGAGCCGUAUGGUUGGAAAUGGUGUGGUUGCUGGAACCGUCGUGUUGGUAGGAUUAUUGGCGAUGUUUUAG